GUCGGUAAAAGUUAAAAGAUCCAACCUUAUAACGGGCUUGGGGUGCGGUGAGCACUCUCCAGUCUCCAUCACACACACUCUCUCUCUAUCUCUCUCUCUCUCUCGGAAGUGGAGGAGAAAGGGACCCGAGUGCCGUCCCCUUGGAUGGCGAACCGCCUCGCUGCCUCGAUUCCGCCGUUUCCCCUCGCGCUCCUCCUGCUCGUCGCCGUCUGGUCGCCGCCGAUGGCGGCGGCGAAGCCCGUGAUCAAAGACGACGUCUCUUGUACGAUGUGCUCCUCCUGCGACAACCCCUGCCAGCCCGCCGCCUCCCCUCCGCCGCCGGCCCAGUCCUCCUUCGCCGAAUGCCCUCCGCCGCCAUCGAAUCCGGGCGCGAUCUCCUACUACUCCCCCCCGCCGCCCUUCGUCUACUCCAACCCUCCUCCUCCAUCCAGCAGUGGCGGCGGUGGGAGCGGCGGCGGGGGCUCCUACUACUACCCUCCGCCGCCCAACAGAUAUUACCCGGCCCCGCCUCCGCCGAACCCCUUCUUGCCCUACUUCCCGUUUUACUAUUAUAGCCCUCCGCCGCCGUCCAAAUACUACUCGGGUUCGCUCACCUUGAAGCCUCUUUCCUCCAUUCCCCUCUUCCUCCUCCUCCUCCUCCUCUUCUAGUGAGCUCUUCGCUCUUAGAUCUGAGCUCAAGGCGACGGAGGACUGCGGAAAUUUCUGGGUGUUCCCAAAAUGGGCUCCUGGUCGUUCCCAGAAUGUCUCUCCUUGCUCCAAGAAGCGGCGGCACUACGGAAGGAGACUCCGUUCCGAUCUCCGGUUGUAGGUCUCCAUCUCCGUUUUUUUAUUUCUCUGUAAUUUUUGUGAUAUUAUGUGAAAUUUUAUUGUAAUAAUAAUUAUAGGAGAGAUAGUGGGCGAGGGGAAUAAAGUGGGGGAAUUUGUAGACGGUGAGAUUAAUUAUUAGUUAAUAAAUUCUAAUAUUAUAUGUAUCA